AUGCCAAAUCCAUAUCUGAUCCCAAAAGCGCAAGGUGUCUGCCUCUCGACAAGCCUCGUUACCAGACUCCUUGACUUCACAAAAGACCUCUGGGCAGCAGCCCCAUAUUGCAGUUCACGCUACUCAGCUUCUCGAUCAUCUAGCAUCCCACGAUUUUCCGGCAAUCCCAGGAGAUCCACGGGAAAGAGGAGACAUUUUCGAGACAGACAGCCUCACAUCCUUACGCUUCUGGAUGUUUGGAGAGAGAAAUCACAGAGCAGGACACGGGAUGUCUUGAUCUCCAAUAAUCGCGUCUGCCUUCGGUUUGAAGAUGCAGGAAACGCGGGUUCGAAUCCUGCGGAAGGCACUACCCAACCUUUAUUUUUGGUCUCCCGUUCUGCUUCCCUUUGUUUACUUGCUGCUGAUGAUCGACACCCCGACGUGCAUAUUGAUUGGAUGAAUACAGAAUCGACAACAAUAGUGCCGCCUAAUAUCCGGCAUCACCACGAGGCCAACGGUCGCUACGAUCCUCAGAAAGCCCUGUCCGUCAGGACACCGCUGAGUCGGCGCGAGCCAACCGCAGCAGCAACCCUCGUCUGUGCGGCAGGCAGCCUUGCAAAACCUGGAAACACUGCGAAUGCGCGGUUUAUCAAGUGCCCACCCAAGUCACCUCACGCAUCAUUCGCGCUCCUUAAGCUGGUGAUUCACCCUAGGCUCGCGCUCGCCGCACCACCGUUGGAUCCCAACCCAACUCAUCCCAACUCAUCCCAUCCUACCCCGCCGUCGCUGCAAACCUCACCUGGUGCAUACAGCCAUGCGAUACCGCCCUUCCGUCCCGUCCCGCAGAGCUACCGAGAGGUUCCCGCAUCCGAACUCGAACGACCGUUCCCGCCCGCAGCAGCGAUUCCACCCCAUCAAGCGAGAGGGGAAAGAGAAGCCCCCCACAAGAUAGACAAAGCCAACGUCUACGAAACCAACCACGAAGAAAAAAAAAUACCCACUCCCCCCAUAGUCGAUUAUCAACAUACGAGAGAGGCAUUCGAGCUAGCGAGUCCAUUCCCGCGCCCUCCCCCUCCCCCUCCCCCCCACACGCUCUCAAUCGCUAUGGAGGAGCGAUAA